AUGCAAACAACUUCAAAUCCUAAAAAGACAGAUGAUACAUUACAGAUACCAGUUACUGUGGAAGAGGACAAGUUUGCCAAGAAAUUUGCAGGUAGAUACCUCUAAAGAUUCUCUCUCUGUCUCUCUAACUGUCCAUCUGUGUGUCUGUCUAUCUGUGUGUCUGUCUUUCUGUCUGUCUGCUUUGUAGUCAGUCAUUGUCCAAGUAAACAGUCUUGAACUUGAUGUAGUUGCACUAGCAGUCCAGAUAUUUCCACAAGGGGACAUCAAGUAUGGACUGUAAGUGUUGCACUCUUAUUUUGUGUGUGCAUGUGUGUGUGUAAAUAUUGCUGUUUGGAACAAAACAUCAAUUUUCUUAUUGGUUUUUUUUUUUUCUCAAUAAUUAAACUUUGAACAGUAUUCCAAGUUAAGUUGGAGUGAAAUUAAGUAACAUUUUCUGGUUUUUAAAAAAGAGAAGGGAUGUGAAGAAAAUAAUCUUGCGGAGUGGAAUGUAACUAAGUUUAAAUUACAAAUCAGAACUGAAGAAGAAAAAUAUUUUCCAAAACUGCAAUGGCUAAGGUUGUGAUGCACAUUAUUAUUUUAUGGGUGUAUUGUUACUAUAAGAACUGAAAAUUCACUAUGAUAGAAAAGUACCACUUGUAGACUGAAUUCAUACAUUUCUUUGUGCUUCAUUUUUUUUAUUUGCAGAAAGUAUUCAAAGACAAGAGUUACAGUACAUCCAAAAACCUUACAUUCCAAGAGGACUGAUCAACAGAGGGAACUGGUGUUACAUUAAUGCUGUAUCCUUUAAGUUACAUCAAGAAAUGUUGGAUCAAUAUCAGUAUCUGAGCAACUGCCCACCUACCCCUUCCCUAACUCAACAACAGUCAAUUGAUAACAAUUUAGGGUUAAUGUUGGGUUAAGGGAGGGGUAGGUGGGCAGUUUCCCAGAUACUGAUAUUGAUCUGAAAUGUUCAUGUGAACCCUUCACACCUUGUGAUUAGUGUCCAUAUUCUUCAUACUCUUGUCAGUACAUUUUCUUGGGUGCUGACAAGGAAAAUUUGCUUAUUGGUCCAUAAAAAUUCCAAAAAAGAACUUGGCCAACGUCCAGCCAUCUUGACCUCAUGUUUGGUCAAUAAUGCAUGUUAUAUAUCAAGCAGACAAGUGAUGAGAGUAAAAAAUACCUCAAUCAGGGGAAUAUCAGUUGAUCCAAUACCAAAUUCACCAAAGUAACAUCAUCAGAAUUGUAUGGCAGGCAGUGAAGAGAAUUACUAACAAGUGUCAAUGAAUGACUGAGCAUUAUUACUGUAAGGAGAAAUGAAAUGCUGAUCACCCUUUGGGCUUAAAGGGUUAAGAGAUCACCUUUUAUUGAUUAGGUGAAAGACAGAGUUCAUGUCUUUCUUGAUUGCUUCUGCAAUGUCUUUUUAACUCAAGAGUGAAUUUCAUAUGUAUUGGGAACAGUAACUGUUUUUUGUCCUUAACUGUGAACAGACUCUUCAAGCUCUGGUGGGGUGCCCACCAUUUUUCAACCUACUGAGACAAUUGCCUUUACUAAAGGAAAGAGGUCCAACAUCAACACCUAUUUUGGACAGUCUGUAAGUGAAAAAGUUUUGUCUUGCAUGGGAGCACUCUGGUCAAAAGUUGUUAAAUUGGCCACCUGUCUCGGUCUAGUUUUUCACCUUUGAAACAAUUUUUUUCAAUUUUGUAAGACUGGUAUUGUGAUGUCUAUGUAUGAGGCAAAGCAUUUCUAACGAACUUCAAGAAUGGCGGCCUUGUUUACAAUAUGUUCAUGCAAAAAGAAAAUGUACUUAUUAUCAGUAAAACAAAGCAAAAAAUAAAACCUUACUCCCUUUUUCAAGUUUGUUUUUUAAGAUAAUGAUUUUUUCCCUUUUACAGAAUAGUCUUUAUGAAUGAGUUUAAGGAGACAAAGAUAAAACCAGGUAUGUGUUUACAACAGUUGUGAGAAUUAGAGAAAGAUGUUGUUUUUUGUCUUGUCACGAGUGUGGGACAAAGAAAAAAAUUUUGAGUCCCCAUGAGGAAUCAAACCUCAGACCUUCGGAAUCCACACUUCACUGCUCUGAGAAUUGUUUUUAGAGUAGUGCUAUACCUGAAUGGUCUGGUUAAACAAGCCCACUUUUCAUAUUACUUCAGUCAUCUCAGAUUUUUUAUCUUUCAACUUACUGUCUUUUUGUAUAUUAUUACUCGAAGUUAGGAUAAUAAUGUUUAGAGUUAUUCUCCUCCACCUUAUUUGCAUGUUCUUGAAUCAAUCAUAACCAUCCUUUAGAAUCAUACUCUACACAAAGAAAAAUUUAUUUUUUGAAAUAUCCUCUUCAUUCUAAGUUGGCUAUUUAUGAUUUUUUUUAUAGGUGGCAGUUCUCCUUCUUCAAAACCUGAGUUUAACACUGGAGAACAAUUUGAACCUGUAUAUGUAUACAAGAUGUUAGCGAUCAUUCAGAGCUCACUCUCAGUUAAGGUGAGUUUUUUCCUCCAGAAACACAAUGAUACUUGCUGAUUAUUCUUAUUUUCUGCUUCCUAUCUUACGGUCCCAUAAAAGUGAAGGGACAGCAAAAUUAGAUAAGAAAUGUGUUAAUGGAAGUAUCAAAAGGUGGUUGAGACCUUAUUGGGCAGGACACACCCUGUCACCUCUCAAAUUUUCAAUUGUCCAAGGCUCUUCUUGCUGUAAAAUCUUGCCUGCUCCACAUCAAGGGAUAAACAUGAUCAAGAAGUCUAGUUGACUUGUUUUGUGGGGAUUGAGAGCACAAAUGUGUCAUGAAUCAUAGUCUCACUCUCCUCAACGCUGGCCACAAAUAAAGACAAAUAAACAAACAAAUAGUCCCCACUACCACCACCACCAUCACCCGCGAAAGAUUUCCAAUUAGCCAAAAUCUCUUGCCGAGCUACUAAGACCUGUUGGAAAAAGGGUUCCCAAACUUGUUUUCUUCACAAAACUUACUCAGAAGAAACUGAUCACAAGCUAUGUAUGGUUUUUAAGUGAAAUGUUGGGGUAACUUGUUGAACUCUCUUAUAGGGCCGACAGGAGGAUGCUCAAGAGUUUCUCAGCUGCAUUUUAAACGGAUUACAUGAAGAGAUGCUGCAGCUUGCAAAGAUAAUAUCAAAACCGCUGAAAGGUUAAGAUUCUCCUAAACUCUCCUAGUACUGAUCCUUACACCCUAAGGAAUAGCCUUUGUAUUAGGAGCAGGUCUUUAUGGUUAGCACUGCAGCGCCAAAGAGAGUUUGAGGGAGGCGAAAGUUGUGGGAGAGGUCUGGGUCAAACCCGUUUACAGACCUCUGUCUCUUUCAAACUCUCUCGCUGACAAGGAAACGCUCGUGUUGCAGUGUGGAUAAGAAUGACCUGCUCGAUGGUGAUGGCCUUUGGUGAGUGAACGACAAAAAGUAGAACUCCGUGAUAAUGGAUCAUUUCAAAAUGAGGUGUAUAACCUUUGUUUAUUUAUUUUCUUAGCCCCAGAGAGAGAUGUUGACUUGCCAUUGAAGGCUGAAGACUCGGCAGAUGAUGAUGAACCUAAAGCUGAGGAGCAGGAAGAUGAAGGGGACUGGGAACAAGUCGGACCCAAAAACAAAUCCAUGGUGACUAGAAUGGUAAGUGCCCCCCAUCCCCUUUCCCCCCCCUCCCCCCCCCCCAAAAAAAAAGAAAGGAGGCUCUUUUUACUCUUUGUUGUUCCUAAUAUUUUCCAAAACAUUAAUUUUUAGUGCUCCUGGAACUCAUCAAUCCUACCAAAAGAAAUUGAAAGAUCAAAAUUAGCAAAAACAAAUCAGUCAACUCCUUUAAAUAUGUCAUAUGUCUUUCCUUUAGUAAAAUAUGUCAAUUUUAUGUUGUGGUUUUCCCAGUUGGGGGUUGUUGUUAUUGUUGUUGUUGUUGUUUUUUUUGUAGUAUCUUUAACCUUACUAUGCAAAUUUCAGGCAUCGUACCCGCAGUCACUGAUAUCGGAGAUGUUUGGCGGUUUUCUGCGCUCGUCAGUUCACCAAGCUGGAUUGAAGGACUCUGCUAAUGUAGAACCUUUCUUCGAACUUCAGUUGGACGUGCAGGUUUGCAACUUACGGCUCAUGUCAGAGGGUCUCAAUGGGCUGCUGGAUCUAACGGCUCACGGUUCAAAUUUUGACCACUCUACAGCUAACGGUUAAUUUCCUUCAGUUGCGAUUGAAAGAAGAACUUUAAUUUAAUUUAAGACGGUUAAUUUUUUUUUUACAAUAAACUAUUGAAAUGUGUCGAUUUUUAGGCCUAACAGCGUAAUUUUUUGCCGUUUUAUGGCAAACGGUUAACACCUCAUCAAGAUCCUUUUGAAAGAAAGUGCGGGAAAAGAGCAAUCCUCGUCAGAUUUUGAAGCAUUUUAAUGUGGUUCCUACACGAAAAAUACUCUCCAAUGUACCUUACUAAUAUUUAUACACCUAUUUUCAAUUGAAUUUCCAAAGCCAACCCAUUUUUUUUCUUACUUCACAACUCUCCCUGAUUGGUCAAGAAAUUUCCCGCCACUUCCUCAACCUAUAAAACGCAGAGUGGAAAGGAAUUGUCACUUGAUCACAUGCGCUUUCCCGCGCUUGAACAUUGUCUGGUUACUUUGAGUUCUCAUUGGCUUAGUGAAAAAUGUUCUUUUUUUCCUUUUAAUUGACUGCUCUGUUGAGUUUGGUUUUUGGUGUCAAUUUGUGUUUGUAGUGAGACUUCCUGAUUUGUGACGAUCCAUAUUUUUGAUAGACUGUUACAUCCGUUGAAGAUGCCUUGAAGAGCCUGGCUUUGAAAGAAGAAGUACAAGGUUACACUUGUACUAAAACUAAAGUACAGGUAAGGGAGAGAAAUAAUUCUUGUGAUGACAUGAAGGAUUGGUAACUAUUGAGCUUAGACGUCGUUGAAAAAACAAUGCUGUUGUUUCGAUGCGAAUGUGGUAUAACAAAACAAAAUCUGAGUCUGUAACGACGAUUUAUCAAACUAAUAUGUCCUUUGACGUUUCUUUAAGGUUGACAUUUGCCGACGUGUGACCCUCGAGGGGCUCCCUAAAGUCCUCAUCUUGCACUUGAAGAGAUUUAUUUACUCCAAAUCUGGCAGCCAAAAGCUAACAAAGGUAGUUGAUUACCCCUUGGAGCUCACCAUUGGAAAAGGUAAAGUCCAUGAACGGAUCUUUUCAAAGUAGUUCGAGGCGAUGAGAAAUGACUAAAAAAACCAACCAAAGGAUGUAUAUAGAUAGGCAUCCAAGGUAAUGGAAAAUGCUAAAAAUAUGAGAUACGUCUCUGGUUGAAGCUAUUUUUCUGAAAAAAAAAAAACGGACAAUAGUAAAUGUUGUAGAAAUCAGUCGAUCGAUCAGACAGUCACGUUCAUUCAUUCAGUCAACCAGUCAGUUAGUCAGUCUGUCUGUCUUUCUCUGUUAGUUGGGAAACCAGUUAAUCAGUCAGUCAGACAGGCAACCAGUCAGUCAGUUAGUCUGUCCAUUAGUAGGUCAGUCAGCUAGUUAGUCAAUCAGUUAGUCAGUCGGUCAAUCGGUUAGUCAGUCAGUCAAUCAGUCAGUCAGUCAGUCUGACGAAGCUCUUUCAGUUAAUUGUCAGUCAGUGAGUCUGACUAAGCUCGUUCAGUCAAUCAGUCAGUUAGUCAGUCUGACUAAGCUCGUUCAGUCAAUCAAUCUGACUAAGCUCAUGCAGUCAAUCAGUUAGUCAGUCAGUCAGUCUGACUAAGCUUAUUCAGUCAAUCAGUAAGUCAAUCAGUCUGACUAAGCUCGUUCAGUAAAUCAGUCAGUCAGUCAGUCCGACUAAGCUCGUUCAGUCAAUCAGUCAGCCAGUCAGUCCGACUAAGCUCGUUCAGUCAAUCAGUCAGUCAGUCAGUCUGACUAAGCUCGUUCAGUUAGUCAGUCAGUCAGUCUGACUAAGCUCGUUCAUUCAAUCAGUCAGUCUGACUAAGCUCGUUCAUUUAAUCAGUCAGUCAGUCAGUCUGACUAAGCUCGUUCAUUCAAUCAGUCAGUCAGUCAGUCUGACUAAGCUCGUUCAUUUAAUCAGUCAGUCAGUCAGUCUGACUAAGCUCGUUCAUUUAAUCAGUCAGUCAGUCUGACUAAGCUCGUUCAUUUAACCAGUCAGUCAGUCAGUCUGACUAAGCCCGUUCAGUCAGUCAGUCAGUCAGUCUGACUAAGCUGGUUCAGUAAGUCACUCAGUCUACUAAUUGGUCAGUGAGUCAGUCUGUCAGGUAAACAGUCGCUCAGUAAAUCAGUCAGAGUUAGUCAUUCCUUCAGAAUUCGUUGAUAGUGACUCGUUGAAUUUCAGCACCUUGUUAUUUGAUUUAACGAUAAUUAUCGUCUUUGCUUUAAAUAGACCUGCUAUCUUCGAACGUAAAGAAUAAGUACUCUGCUUCUCAAAAGAACUAUAAGCUUUUCGCCGGUAAGUAAAGUUUUACUCUGUUGUAGUAACAAAAAAAAUUGUCUGGCUUGGACAGCUAUCAUCUUUUAAAAUCUUUAAAAUGUUUCUUAGUUGUUCUGACAAGCCCUAAACCUGAUACAGCGCCUUUCGAUGGAUGGCUAUUCUAAAAACGGAAGAAAAAAUUCAAGGUGACAAAAAAAGUUUUAUCAGGCGCAAGAAAACUCGAGUUACCAAGGCAGUUUAGUUUUAGUUUAAAAAUAAUUAGUUGACAUGGUAGUGGAGUAAAGGAAGAGAAUUAAACCAAAUACAAUCCUGUAUUACUUUCGUCACACUUUGAAAAAAUUCUCUGGAAAGUGCCUGGCUGGCUGGCCGGCAGGCUUUUCCAGCUGGUGUCAAAAAGGUUUCCCAAUUGUGCUAACGUGUCAUUUGUGUGAAUUUCUUUUCUAGUUGUGUACCACCAUGGAAAAAAUGCAUGGGGUGGCCAUUACACGAGCGAUGUCUGUCACCCAACACAUGGCUGGAUUAGAACAGACGAUACUAGGCUUAAAGUCGUGCCAGUAAACUACGUUCUCAAACCCACACAGGGAAAAGAUCCAUACAUGCUUUUCUAUCGAAGAACAGACCUCAUGCCUUGAAGUAGGCGAGGCAGGGAAGGGAAGGGGGUAGUGUCUUUAGAACAGUAAUUCUCGUUUACACUGUUAAGUUUUCCUUGGCAUGUUCUCCAAGGUCGAUUGGAAGGGAAAACAUAACUUUUUGGCUGACAAAAUUCAUGAGGGAACACUGAACGCUUACUCGCCAACAAUAUUCACCACGGGCUGGAAGAUUUAUCAAGGAUGGAAUAUUCGGAGGGAAAUGCCACUCAAAACCAUUUUUUCCCGUAAAUAAGGGUUGACUGAUAAAUUUUCUUUGCUCGCGUAUGGAGUGAGUUUGUGUUCUUGCCAGGCCAAGGGAAAAUUACUCGUGUAAAUUUGGUUGAACGUUUUAGACAUGUUAAGUUAUCUUCAUAUCAUGAUUUGUCUCGUAAUGCCUCUAUGGAUUGCGUAAUGCACCAAAGAACGGCUAACUGGAUAGCCUAAGAGUAAGAUUCGAUGAUCUUUUUUAGGAAGCACAAGUAGCCAUUUAGGGUUAGAAAACAAAAACUUACACCUAAUCAAGAGAAUCCCCAUAACACACUGCGCAAUUGACGUUCAUAACAGUAACGCCGAGGUGAAUAGUUGUUUAAGUAAAUGCUAAAACAGUGAAGCAAUAUCGCAUAAAGAGAUGACUUUAAAUUAUAUAUUUUUGCAACGAUUACGUUAUUUUCGGGCGCAAAUUCCUCAUGGGUUGAUUCGAAGUGAAUAGCAGUACGGAGUUUGAGUAGCCAAUCAGAGCGCACCUUCAACGUUAUCCACUGUUUUAGUACAUACUAAAGAGGCUUAUCACGGUCGCAACCAAACAUACAAACGCCCGCUAAGUUCGAACAAAUUUCGCUGUGAUCUCGUUUCGUAUAGAAAUAAGGGACUAGCGAAGACUUCUAACGUAUACUCCGAAGGUUGUUCCUGGUGAGUUUUGUGAUAAAUAUCUCUACUACUCUUCAAGAAAAUAUAGAAUUUAUCCACGGCGCUGUAAACAACCGGGCGUAAAUACCUGUAUGAUUUGGAGCCAUAUCUUCUUGACAAA